AUGACAAGAACAUCAAAUACAUGCUCCGUAUGUCAAAAAGAACUUGGAACAAGUUUUUGUACGGGAUGUGGAGUCUAUUUUUGUACGAAAGAUUUCAAAAGUCAUCGAAAGAUGUUGUUUAGUGAAAUGGAUGCAGUUAUUGAAGAUCGUAACGAGCUUCAGGAAAAAAUACAUAAAGCAGUUCAACAUGCAGAUCCAUACAAUCCACUUUUUGAACAAAUCGAUCAAUGGCAGAGAACGAUGAUUGAGAAAAUUUGUCGAGUAUCUGAACAUUGCCGUGAACAAGUUUCUCAAUUAUUAAAUUCGAAACGAGUCAAACUAACUAAUGAUUUCAAGAGAUUCUCACAAGACUUGAUUCAUUUAAAGCAAACAGAGAAUUAUGUGGAACCUGAUAUCACACGUUUGAAAUAUUUAAUGCAUCAGUUUAAUCACGAAUUGAAACAAUUGUUGAAACCGGUAUCGAUUGAAUUGCAUACGGAACCAAGCGAUCGGAUUAUUUGGAGUCAACUUCUUUAUGUGGAAGAAAAAUCUACUUAUGCUGGAAUCAACCAGCGACAACAACAAGAAAGAGAAGACGAUCGAGCUGGCGCAAUGUCUCCUCGAAAACAACCACCUGAUUGUUAUUCAUCGCCGAUAAGAUCUCUCAUCUAUAUAUCAACUGAAGAUCUUGCUUUUUGA